AUGGAUAGUCCAAAUCUCAAACCUCCUCAUAAGGCUAGGAAACGAGCAUCGACGCCCCGAAGCAAAACCGGUUGUGUUACUUGCAAGAUCAGACGACUUAAAUGUGGCGAAGAGAAACCUAGCUGCCAUCGUUGCUUGAAGUCGGGCUGGCAUUGUGAUGGCUAUGAUCAUGUUGUCACUCUCCCAUCCGCAGCUCCCUUGACACUUGCUCCAAUACGACCAAGAUCUAUUUCCUCUUCAUCAUCUCCAUCUUCGUCGCCCACUGCAUCUCUGUAUGCACCUUCUCUCUCUCUCGAUCUAUACGAUGAUGAGCAAAGAUACUUUCGAAGCUUUAUCGAUGAUGUUUCCAUCCACCUACAAGGUCAUGAUACCUUUUUCUGGCGUGGUGUUGCCUUGCAAGAAUCUCAAACCAACUUCUCUGUCCGUCACGCAAUUGUAGCCAUUGGAGCUCUAGCUAAGAGUACGGAUCGAUCUCUCUGCGGCAGCCAUCGGAUGGACACUUCUCAUAGUUCGCAUCGAGAGUUUGCCCUCCAGCAGUACGAAAAAGCCAUCCAGGGACUGCGAGAAUCUAUGAACAGUAUCGAACACAAUGAAUGCAUACGAGCAUCCGUCAUCUCGUGCUUGGUCCUUGCUUUCUUCGACAAUUUCAUCGGAAAUGGGGGAUUCGCUCUACAGCACAUACGCCACGCGAGGGGACUCCUCAUUACAUCUAAAAUUGUCGCGCCUGCCAUUAUUACAUCCAAGAGCUCAGAAGAAGAUCAACUAGCCAGCAUGUUCCUCCGUCUCGAUAUGCAAGCCCUAUGCGCCAUGGGCAUUGAAGAGAGCCGGACUUUCAUAGCACUUCAAGCUCACACCCCAAGUUUCAGCCUCCCAGCAAGAUUCAGCAGCGUCGAAGAAGCACGCAGCACGAGAAAUAUGGUUGUAUGGGAAGGAUACAACUUUUACUACCGAGCAGCUAAACACGAAUAUUUGUCCCCAGAGCAGAUACCCGCCUCCAUUCUACGACUGCGAGAUCAACUGAUUGAGCAAAUACAUCUUCUCCAUUCGCUCUUGGACUCCCUAAUGCUGGACAUGGAGCCAGAUCUCAUUUGCCACCCACUUUCCAGACCAGAAUCCAUCAAACUAUACACCACAGUGCUCCUUAUCAGAUUGACGUCAAGUCUCGGCGCUCCCGAAUCAGCUUGCGAUGAUCUUCUACCCUAUUUCGAGUAUCUUCUGGAUAUUUCGAGAGAAACUUUGGAGUACGAAGCCGCAGGUGAUCCUAGCGUAUUUGAAUCCGAAACAUUUACACACGAAGUCCGCGCCAUCGCCCCCCUCUUCCUUGUCGCAACAAAAUGCCGGUCGCCCACUCUCCGGCGCGAAGCCAUCUUCCUCCUCCUAUCGACCCAUCGCCGCGAAUGGAUGUACGAUUCUUUACUCGCCGGUAAGAUUGGCGAGUGGAUGAUGGGGAUUGAGGAAGAGGGCAUGGACGAGUAUGGCUGCAUUCCUGAGAGUGCACGUGCAUGGGGAGAGUGCGUAACGCUGGAUUUGCAGAGGAGGAGAGCCCUGGUCAGGUGUAGGCAGAAUUAUAUGGAGGCUGAUGGGAGGAUAGGAUGGAGGUGGAGGGAGAGGGAUGUCGGUUGGUGA